AGCUCUUUCGUAGGUGCAAUAAAUACUCCUCUCUUCCUCUUUCUUCAUCAAUUUAUACAAUUUCUGUUCCUUCUUUAUUAAAAACACCCGAUUAAGAAGAUGGAGUUAUUAUAUCCCAUAUUUCAUCCCUUCCUCUUUCUUUACCGAGUAUGGCAAUACUUUCUCGUCAAACUCCUUUCUCCUUCACCACCGUUUGAAGGAGAAAAACUUGGAAGACCCAAGAUUGCAAUUAUUGGUGCUGGAUUGACGGGUGUUUCUGCUGCUUCUCACUGUGUUGGUCAUGGAUUUGAUGUGCAGAUUUUUGAGGCUGGUCCUAGGAGUCAAUUGGGUGGUAUUUGGAGUAGAGUCAACAGUACAUCUGGUCUACAAAUCCAUUCGUUAAUGUAUCGAUUCCAUCCUUCCGUUCAAUGGAAAGGUGGUUAUCCGAAUCAACAACAAAUUGUAUCUCAGAUCACCGAACUCUGGAAACGCUAUGGUCUAGAGGAGAAGACAAAGUUCGAUACGAAAGUCGAGAAAGUAUACCAAGAUGACAGAGGAAGAUGGAUAAUCAACAACACAUCAGAAGGACGAUUCGAAGGUAUUAUUGCAGCUGUUGGUACAUGUGGAGAGGCAAAAAUGCCACAUAUUCCUGGAAUGGAUAAAUUCAAGGGAGAGAUAUACCAUUCAAGCGAUCUGACGGGCAAAGAUGCAAAAGGAAAGAAAAUUAUUGUCAUCGGAGGUGGUGCAAGUGCAGUUGAGGCAUUAGAAUUUGCAACCCAUGAAGAAGCGGCUGAGACGACAAUUCUGGCCAGGAGUGAUAAAUGGAUUAUUCCUCGGAAUGCUGUCGUAGAUAUGAUACUUGCGUUAAACAUCUUUGGACAGGAAACUUUCUUGAGCUGGAUACCAGAGAUGCUGCUUAAGAAGUUCUUUUACCGAGAUCUGGAAGAUCUUGCUCCAGCCGAUAAAGGAAUUUUCACAGGUACUCCUAUGGUCAAUUCGGACGUGAUGGAUAAAAUCCGUGAAGGAAAAGCCGAAUGGCUACGGGGGGAUAUCAAGGGAUUCACCGAAGAUGGUAUCAAUUUCAAUCUCCGAACAAAAGGUGUUCCUCCCGGUGGUCCUGGAAAAACAAAGCUCGUGAAGGGCGAUAUUGCUGUAAUGGCAACUGGAUUCGAGCGACCAUCUCUUGACUUCCUCCCACCCGACACAUUUCAGGAUCCUUACACACCACCAAAUUGGUAUCUCCAAACCUUCCCCCCCACACACCCUUCCGUCUGUUGCAACAAUUGCACUUACGUCAAUGCUAUUGGUGCAGUGGGCAACUGGCACAUAGGAAUUUACACACGUAUCCUUCUUAUGUUCCUAUCGGAUCCUCUCACGAGACCAAGACCCUUCUGGAUGGAACGCUGGAUUGAUAUGACACGAAUUCUGAAGAGGUUUAGUCCAACAGGUGCAUUUGAUUUCUUUACAUAUUUAGAAUUAGUAUGGUGGUUCACAUUUUGCAUUGCGAUCAAUCCAUUCAGGUGGAAGUGGGCCGUCUUUGUAUUUACUGGGCUUGGAAGGGGAUUACCGAGAAGAGUUGUGGAGGCGGAGGAUAAGUUGAGAGGAUCAUUGGGAUGGAGUAAUGGAAUUGGUGAUGAGAAUUAUGACAAGGGAAGCAGUUUUUGAGGAACAGGAGGUAGUUUAUUACUUCAGAUGAUCUAGUGUGUCCAAUAGUUUGGACUGCGGUCCGUGAAUCAUAAGCCUUUUGUGUGUUGGCAUAUUCACAAAUUAUUUAGAACACCCAGAUAAUACUCAUGAGUAUGAGAGUUUUGGUACAAGAUGAUGAUAAUGAUGGACUUGUGGACAGUAUAUACAGUGUUAAUUACUUUUGUAUAGCGAACAGUCACUUCAGAGAUAGAUCAAUAGGUAAUUAGUUCAUGGCACAAUGAACGAAAGAUACAAACACAAUUCAAGCUUAAAGAAUUUCACUAC